AUGGUCCUGUGCCCUGUUGUGCGUUUCUCUUCUCUUCUUCUUCAGCACUCUCACCGGCCCGGCCUUUGCGCUUCCAGCAACACAUUCUGCCUCUAUCAUUACAGCAUCUUCAGCACCUUCAGCGCCUUCAGCGCCUUCAGCGGUACAGACGCCGCCGCAACUCGCGCCCUCGCGGAACAGAAAAAGACCCUCUUCAGUCGCAUCAGCAUCAGCACCAGCGCCAUCGCCGGGCCUCGGCAGCGAGACCCCACCAGCCACCGAAGGCGCCGCUCGAGCUCCAGGUGCAUCGCCAGCGACCUCGACAGCGCCCGAGAGGCUCCCGAAGCGGUUUGUCCAGCUCAUCGAGGCCGCCGGAGUACAGGGUUCCUCCUCCUCCUCCUCCUCCUCCUCCUCCUCCUCCUCCUCCUCCUCGGCGUCUUCCUCCCCUCCCCCCUACAAGCCCAUCGUCACGCCGCCGCCGGACCAGGAUUCCCAGCUGGCCAAGAUGGGCUACAGCAUGACGACCUUUUACACCUGCGACACCAUCGGCGGCCAGGAACACUGCGGGUGGCACGUGCCGGUUCUCAAGGCGGAUGCGCCGACGACGAGGACGGAUGUUCGCGUGGUGCUGGCGGUGGUGAGCUGUUUGGCCGGGAUACUGGCCUGGGGGUUGGUGUGAAUGUGACGUGA